CUUUUUUUUUUUUUUAGUCAAUGCAUUUCUCCUGAAAUGAGUUAGAUUUCUGUGUUUUUAUUAUGUUUAGAAUUAAUUCUUGAAGUAAACUAAGAAACCAAAAGCAAAUCAAUUAAUUCAUGACAAGGUUGAUUUGUUAUUCAUUUAAAAGAACAUCAUAUUUUUGGUGAACUCUGCUGAACCACGUGGGGAUAGUCUUCUUGGCAGUCUGCCUGCUUUUGAAGCGUAGAAGAAGACGCGCUUCCGGUUUUCUCUCGGCUCCCGCCCCGCUCCGCCAUCAUGAAGUCCUGAACAAAAAAACGCCUGGGAGUCGAUUAAAAUGGGGAUGACCCGACCUAGAGAUGAAACCCGCUAACGGCAAUCGCGAAAUGACAAGGCGGAGCGGAGCGGCGGGAUUUAAUGAGCCGCUCUCGCGCUGAAAACGUCGGCUGGCGUUCCGUUAUUCGGUUAGCAUCGCCGCUAGCAAGCAACCAGAGUUAGCCGUUCAUUUUUUUCCUCUCUCUCUCUCUCCUGCGGACAGCUCUGCGUUUCAGUGGGCAGGCGUCAGUCAGCUCGCUGUCAGCUAGUCGGAGUGGCCGGCCCCCCACUUAUGUCAAGCAGCAAAGGCGAGCCAGCCGACUGGGAGCAUCAGGAUGGCGAGGAAUUCAAGUAAAAGCAUCGACAGACAAAAUGAGGUUUACUCGUGUUGAGUAGACCGCCGAGGGAAGGGCACCGAGACCAAUAUUUUUCCAGCCAGGCCAGUUAGCUAGCCUCAGAGCUAGCUACAGUGGAUCCCAAAAGCCACGGCGCUGGCCAUGCCGUCGAGUGUGCGGGCCGGGAGCCUGAAGGACCCGGAGGUGGCUGAGCUGUUCUCAAGGGAAGACCCUGAGAAGCUCUUCGCAGACCUGAGGGAGAUCGGUCAUGGGAGCUUUGGAGCGGUCUACUUUGCCCAUGACAUCCGCACAAAUGAAGUGGUGGCAAUCAAGAAGAUGUCCUACAGUGGCAAACAAUCCAACGAGAAAUGGCAGGACAUCAUCAAGGAAGUGAAGUUUCUCCAGAAGCUGCGCCACCCAAAUACUGUGGAGUAUCGCGGCUGCUACCUGAGAGAGCACACAGCUUGGCUCGUGAUGGAGUAUUGUUUGGGUUCAGCCUCUGACCUUCUUGAAGUCCACAAGAAACCCCUCCAGGAAGUAGAAAUAGCCGCCAUAACCCAUGGUGCAUUGCAGGGAUUGGUCUAUCUUCAUUCACACAACAUGAUUCACAGGGAUGUAAAAGCCGGAAACAUCUUGCUAACAGAACCGGGCCAGGUCAAACUUGGAGACUUUGGCUCUGCCUCUAUAAUCGCUCCAGCCAACUCCUUCGUGGGAACACCUUACUGGAUGGCCCCUGAGGUAAUCCUAGCUAUGGAUGAGGGACAGUAUGACGGAAAGGUGGAUGUGUGGUCACUUGGCAUUACUUGUAUAGAGCUGGCGGAGAGGAAGCCUCCUCUGUUCAACAUGAAUGCUAUGAGUGCCUUAUAUCACAUCGCCCAGAACGAGAGCCCCGUGUUACAGUCUAAUCACUGGUCGGAUUAUUUCCGUAAUUUUGUGGACUCGUGUUUGCAGAAGCUCUCACCGGACAGACCUACCUCUGAUGUGCUGCUCAAGCACCAUUUCCUAUGCAGAGAACGCCCCAUGACCGUCGUGAUGGACCUGAUCGCACGCACCAAGGACGCCGUCCGAGAGCUCGACAACCUGCAGUACCGGAAGAUGAAGAAGAUCCUGUUUCAUGAGGCCCUGAAUGGUCCAGCACCAGAAGGAGGAGAUGAGGAAGAGGAUGUAGAGCACUACGUGCUGCGCACCGGCACAGUGAACAGCAUGGAGAGCUCCCACUCGCUGCCGUCCAUGUCAAUCAGCGCCAGCUCCCAGAGCAGCUCCGUGAACAGCCUGGCGGACGGCUCCGACGACAGCGGGGAGAUGGCAAUGAUGCAGGAGGGCGAGCACACCGUCACCUCCAACAGCUCGGUCCUGCACAAACCCACGAGCUAUGACAAUAUCUACGAUGACCCCUACCAACCAGAGGUUGACUCGCAACGAGAAGCUUCAUCAGGUGGCGGAGGAGGGGGAGAAAGAGGAGGGGGGAGACGUCGGCGUGGUCGAGACCACUUUGCAACCAUCAGGACCGCCUCGCUGGUCACUCGUCAGAUCCAGGAGCACGAGCAGGGCUCCGCCCUCAGAGAGCAGAUGUCUGGGUAUAAGCGAAUGCGGCGGCAGCAUCAAAAGCAGCUCAUGGGAUUGGAGAACAAGCUAAAGGCCGAGAUGGACGAGCAUCAGCUGAGACUGGACAAAGAACUGGAGAAUCAAAGGAACAACUUCUCUAUGGAAGCAGAGAAACUCUCUAAGAAGCAUCAAGCUAUCCAGGAGAAAGAGGUGAGCCCGUUAAAGAGGAUAAAGGCAGCUCAAACCGAAGAGAAGAAGUUCCAGCAGCACAUAUUAGGUCAGCAAAAGAAGGAGUUGACCACCUUGCUUGAUUCCCAGAAACGACAAUAUCGACAACGCAAAGAGCAGCUGAAAGAGGAACUGAAUGAAAACCAGUCGACACCAAAGCGGGAGAAGCAGGAGUGGUUGGUCCACCAGAAGGAAUGUCUGCAGCAGCUGCAGGCAGAAGAAGAGGCAGGCCUGCUGCGGAGGCAGAGGCAGUAUUACGAGCUGCAGUGCCGUCAGUACAAGAGGAAGAUGCUGCUAUCACGCCACAACCUGGAGCAGGAUCUGCUCAGAGAGGACCUGAACAAGAAGCAGACUCUGAAGGACCUGGAAUGCGCCAUGUUGUUGCGUCACCACGAGUCUACGCAGGAGCUGGAGUUCCGUCAGCUGAGUUUGGUGCAGCGUACUCGGGCCGACCUGAUUCGCACGCAGCACCAGACGGAGCUCACCAACCAGAUGGAGUACAAUAAGAGGCGCGAGCAAGAGCUGCGUCAGAAACACGCCGUGGAGGUCCGUCAGCAGCCCAAGAGCCUCAAAUCCAAAGAGCUUCAGAUAAAACGUCAGUUCCAGGACACCUGCAAGAUCCAAACGCGCCAGUACAAGGCCCUGCGCAACCACCUGCUGGAGAACACGCCUAAGUCGGACCACAAGGCCGUGCUGAAGCGGCUGAAGGAUGAGCAGACCCGCAAGCUGGCCAUCCUGGCCGAGCAGUACGACCACUCCAUCAACGACAUGCUGUCUACGCAGGCUCUGCGAUUGGACGAGACCCAGGAAGCAGAGUACAAGGUUCUGCGGAUGCAGCUUCAACAGGAGCUGGAGCUGCUGAACGCCUACCAGAGCAAGAUCAAGAUCCACACAGACACGCAGCACGAGAGGGAGGUCAAGGACUUGGAGCAGAGAGUGUCCAUCCGCCGAGCCCUGCUGGAGCAGAGGAUCGAGGAGGAGAUGCUGGCGCUGCAGAAUGAGCGCUCAGAACGCAUCCGAACCCUUUUGGAGCGUCAGGCCAGCGAGAUCGAAGCCUUCGACUCCGAAAGUCUCCGUCUGGGUUUCAGCAACAUGGCACUGAGCGGCAUCCCCGGGGACGCCUAUUCCAAACAGGGUUACUCCAACGCCGUGCCGCCCAGCUCCCGCUCCGCCGGCCACUGGAGCCACGGCGUGCACCAGCAGGGCACGCCCUCCCAGCAGCUGUCCCGCCGCAGCCACAACCCCAGCGGUGGAGGAGACCGCAGGAGCGAGUCCUCUUCCUCCUCCCACGGCUUCGGGAUGGCGAUGGGGCACGGGCGGGACGGGAGGGAGGUGCACCACUCGUCCCGCUCCUCCGCCUCCUCCUCUUCCUCCUCCUCCUCCUCGUCUUCCUCCCACCACCAGCGCCACCACCUGCCGCAGCACUACCACCACCAGAGCACGCCGCAGCUCUACCGCGAGCGGGAGAGGGAUAGGGAUAGGGAGAGGGAGAAGGAGAGGGAGCGGGAGUGGGCCGGAGUCCGGGGCUCGGGCGGCGACCUGGCCCACCCACACCCCCUGCCCUUCUCCCAUCACCUCCCCUCGCGCUCCUCCUCCCAGUCCCUGGCCAUGCUACCCCCGCCGCCACCCGCUCCCCCCUCCAUCUCUGGCCCCUCAUCCUCCUCGUCCUCCUCUUCCUCCUCCCAGGGAGGGAUUUACGGCGGCGGUGGCGGAUUGGCCGUGCGUGGGACCCCCAACCUGAUGGCCUUGAGGAACAGCCCCCAGCCUCUGAGGAGGACGGCGUCCGGCGGGGGGCCCGGCGGCUCCGGGGGCAGCGACGGCGUCCUGAGCCGAAGCACAUCCGUCACUUCACACAUCUCCAACGGCUCCCACCUGUCCUACUCUUAGAGGGGGAGGGGUUUGGGUUGGGGGCGGGGCCAGGUCAGGAAGGUAUCUAUCAAACGCAGCUUUUUUUUUUUUUUUUUUUUUUUUUCCCGGACCGAGGUGAGAAUUUAGGAAAACCAGCGUUUUCUCUUCACUCACAGGAGACCAGCAGACGUCAAGACAACUGAGCUGCGGCCUCUUUUUCUCAGAGGAGGGAAGAAUGUAAUCACCUGUAAUCCCACUGGAUUAAGAUGAUACUUGAUGAACAAAAAACAGUUUUCUGUUCAGUGUUUCAAUCUUUAUUAUAACCUGUACAAACGCGAGCCAGGGCGUGUAGAUAUGGGACUCUAGGCCUUUAUUUACAACACCCGUGUCUUCUUCUAUGAUGUUCUUUGCAGGAAUGGAGAAAGAGAGAGGUCACGAGAGGUUAAAAAAACAAAAUACUAUGUUGCUUUGUGUAUGUAAGUGUAUCUGUGUUCAGAUAUUAUCUCGAAAGCAUUCAGAAAUUGGAAAAAAAAAUGAAGUUUUAGCCUUGAUCUUGCUGGAUUUAAAAAAAACACGUAUUGGUUUACAACUGCUGUUAUUAUUACCACUAUGAAUAUGAUUUCAUUUUUUUUGUAUCAACUGUGACAAAAAUAUAAUUGCUUGGAAAAUCACCAAUGCCUUUAAGGAGUUCUUAAAGGGGAUGUCGUGCCAUCAAAAAGGAUAUUAUGACACAGAAAGUUUUAGGUGAAUUAUUUAUGUGGAUAUGUAUAGAUAAUUUUAACGACAAAAACAUUAAAAAAAAAAAAAACAAUCUUUUUGGCAUCCAUGGCAUAUUAUCUAAACAGCAUAAAGUAGGUGUCUGCAGGAGUCAAACCAAUGCAUGAACUAAAUGUACCAAAAAAAAACAAAACAAAACAAAAAAAAAAAUCACAUUUUAAAUGUAACGACAUUUAAAAAUCACUUUUUUUCUGUAAAUAUUUAGGGAAAAUAUUGGAGAAAAAGCAUACUGUUGUUUUAUAGAGUAACUAAGACGAUGAUAGUAAUUUUGAUAUACUCAGACGAGUCGAUGAUUUAGGACAGCAGAUUUUCUAUAAGUGUCAAACUUACCAUAACUAAUCCUGGUGUAACUGUCGUCGUUUUUCUUGCGAGAAUCAAAACGCCCACUUUUACUGUAAAGAAAAAAAUGCUGUUGUCAGUUGUGGUGUGUAUUUAAAGUAUUAAUGAUUAUUAAUAAGAGAUUGUUAAUAAUUGUUAAUGUAUGUCUGUUUAAGCGGUUGAGUCUAGGUAUAUUGACACUUUUUUUUUUUAAGAAUUUGAAAAGACACUCCUGCAGCAACUCCUCUGGACUACAAAAAUACUCGGCCACUGGAAUGUAAAGGCUAGUUUUCCUUUAUUCGUUUGGUGGGUUCAGGUUGGACGCAGCAGAAGCGACUGAGCUGCUGUGGGUGGCGGCGCAGCAGCGGUGACCGUGGCGGCCCGUCCAAACCAAUCAGUGUUAAGUUAUGUUUGUGAGGCCCGUCGUCAAAGGAGAUCACUUUUGAUGCCACUUCUUCUUCUUUUUUUUUUUAACUUUAUUUAAAAAGUACCCUGUUUGUAUGACUCAGAAACACCAGCUCAAGACACUUCCCUAUGUACCUUUAUGCUCGGUUGGAAUCUCAGUGCAUGCAAAAACUCCUUGUAUAAAGACUGGGCGGGCUUGUGAUGGCCUUAGUGUGUGGAAAUCGGUGUGAUUGUGUUUCUAGACGGUUGUUGUCCGUGUCAGAGGUGGAGGUCUGGAUUCCUGGAUGAAAGAUGGACUCACCUCUGUUGUGUUCAGAUGCUUAUUGAACAUUCACUUCAUGCAGUUCCAAACGCAGAGGGCGAUCACAGAUGUGGAAACGGAGGUCGGGUGUUUUCAAAAGUAAUUUAAAAAAGAUAAUAAAUUGAUAUUAACACAGUAAAA